AUGGCUCCUAAAGGCGCCGGAGCGGAUGACAUUUCUGGUCCUGACUAUUCGAUUGGCGAAGUCGUUGACCACUCUCAUGCUUUGGAGAAACGAUUCAGCUUAAUGAGCACGCUCGGGGUCAACACUUCGAUCACUUGCACCCCUCUGGCUAUUGGCACCUACCUUUCUGUGGUCAUCGGCGUGGGUGGAAGUCCUGUUUUUGUUUAUGCUUAUCUCGUCGCCGUGACGCUGAAUCUCUUGGUCUGCGCCUCGCUCGCCGAGAUAGCAUCUUCCUACCCACACUCCUCUGCGAGUCCACUGCUUACUCUCGUCAUGCUAGGACAAAUCUUCUGGACCGCAAUCCUAGCCCCCAAGAAAAUUGCGCGUCCUUUGAGCUACCUGGUUGGAUAUUUGACGUCCGCUGCAUGGUUUUUCUGGUCUGCCUCUGCAAGUCUGCUCACAGCUCAAUUGACCUGGGCACUUGUCUGUGUUUGCAAGUCUACUUUUGUGGUCCAGCCAUGGCACUACUAUUUGGUCUAUGUUGCCUUCGCCCUCCUCGGUCUACUCCUCAACUGGCCGCUGGUCCGACUCUUUCCAUACUUUCUCAAAGGAAUGGUGUAUUAUAUCAACGCAGGUGCUUUGUUUAUUCUUAUUGUACUACUUGUACGGACUCAUCCGAAGCAGUCUGCCCAUUUUGUCUUCGCUGAUUUCGUCAACCUCACCGGAUGGAGUUCUGAUGGCACUGUGUUUAUGCUGGGUUUGCUCCCCGGCGCAGUAGCAGUAAACGGCUUCGACUGUGCUGCGCAUUUAACUGAUGAACUCCCGAAUCCGUCUAGACAAGUUCCACAGGUCAUGUUAGGAAACGCCUUAUUGUCUGCUGUAACUGGAUUUCCCAUGAUACUAGUCUACAUGUUCUGCAACGUCAAACCUGAUAAUUUGCUUGCGCCUAUUGGUGGGCAACCCGUCGCCCAAGUCCUACUAGACGCUCUAGACUCAUUGCCCCUUACAAUCAUCGGCAUUCUGGUAUUCAUCAUCACCCUCGCCUCUGCAACAGCAUGUACCGUUACAACCUUUAGCCGCGUCUGGUGGUCAUUUGCCAGAGAAGGAGGCGUACCCUUCUCGAGAUUGUUUGCUCGUGUCAAUGAGAACACGAAGCUCCCAGUAAAUUCUUUAAUCUUUUGUGUCGCAGCCAUUAUUGUGUUGGGCACCAUCCAGCUUGGAUCUACGACUGCUAUUAACGCCAUUCUGGGAGCUUCUAUCGUUUGCAUAUACUCAUCCUACGCCAUCCCAAUUGCCUGUCUCAUGAUCAACAGGCGCCUAAAGCUACCUGGAACUCACUACUUCAAUCUGCGAAGGUUUGGGCCCGUUUGCAAUACAAUUGCUAUCAUAUGGAUGGCAUAUGAGUUCGUGUGGUUGAUGUUUCCACUGUACCUACCUGUUGCUGGCACAACAUUCAACUAUAGUGUCGCUGUGUUUUCAGGUGUUAUUCUUGUUAGUGGAAUUAACUGGGUUUUUCAUUCGAGGACGUUGUAUGUAGUACCCGUAGCUUUGGCGGAUGUUGCUCGAUCUGUUUCCGAUGGCGAACAGAAAUGCUGA